GGUGUAGCCAUGACCGCUACGUGCCCGGGCCUGUACUGCGGCAGAAUAAUGUUGAAUGGAUCAGUUGAAAGAGACUGUGGUGUUUGCCCUCGUGGAGAACGGGCUAAUAUCCAGAAAGUGUGCGAGCGUUGCACUGAGUCCCCUGAACUGUAUGAUUGGCUCUAUCUUGGCUUCAUGGCCAUGCUACCUCUUGUGCUUCACUGGUUCUUCAUUGAGUGGUAUUCUGGAAAGAAAAGUUCCAGUGCUUUGCUGCAGCACAUCACAGCCUUGUUGGAGUGCAGUGUCUCUGCCGUGGUUACGCUGUUGGUCAUGGAGCCAAUAGGGAAGCUUAGUAUCAACUCCUGUCGAGUCCAAAUGCUCUCAGAUUGGUACACCAUGCUGUAUAAUCCUAGUCCGGACUACAUCAACACUUUGCACUGCACUCAGGAAGCAGUCUAUCCACUGUACACCAUUGUAUUAAUCUAUUAUGCCUUCUGCUUGGUGCUGAUGAUGCUGCUACGCCCUCUGCUGGUUAAAAAGAUAGCAUGCGGUCUGGGCAAGUCUGAUCGAUUUAAGAGCAUCUAUGCCGCUCUUUACUUCUUCCCUAUCCUCACUGUACUUCAGGCUGUCGGGGGAGGAUUACUCUAUUAUGCGUUUCCCUUUAUAAUACUUGUCCUAUCUUUGGUUACUCUGGCCGUGUACAUGUCUGCCUCCGAGAUACAGACCUUCAAAAACCUGGUUGCCAAGAAGAAGCGCCUGGUAGUCCUGUUCAGUCACUGGUUACUCCAUGCGUAUGGCAUCAUCUCCAUCUCACGCCUCGACAAGCUGGAGCAGGACCUUCCGCUGUUGGCUCUCGUUCCCGGUCCCGCCUUGUUCUACAUUGCUACAGCUAAGUUCACAGAGCCGAGCCGCAUCCUAUCAGAAGGCAGCAAUGGACAUUGA